AUGACGUCGAUAAGCUCUAAGGGUACGCAUCUCUACGCAGUGCUAGGUGUGGAUAAGAAGGCCACUGACGAGGAGAUCAAGAAGGCGUAUCGGAAAUUAGCGCUAAAAUAUCAUCCUGAUAAAAAUCUCGAUGGCGAUCCGGAGAAAACGGAGAAGUUCAAGGAGAUUAACUAUGCAAACGGUGUACUCUCAAAUCCUAACAAACGAAAAAUCUACGAUGAAAUGGGCGAUACUGGCCUUAAGCUCAUGGAACAGUUUGGAGAAGACGAAAAGGUUUUACAGUGGAUGCUCAAACCUUGGUUUAAGGCAGGCUUUUGGGUUUUCUUCGGAUUUGGAUUGCUCACAUGUGGAUUCUUCUGCUGUUGUUGCGGUUGUAUGUGCUGUUGUAAAUGCUGUUGUAACUUCUGUUGCGGUAGAUACGUUCCUAAAGAGGACAUGGUGGGUAAUUUUGUAUCUUGCUCUGGAAAGGUUUGUAUAGAUUGAGU